AUGACACAAAACCAAGACUUACACAAAUCGCUCGAAAUGUUUACUAAUCGGCAUGAAGAAUUACUACAGAAAAUUAAUAUCCUGGAACAAGAAAAUAACGAUUAUAAGAAGCGAGUGUGCGUCUUGGAACAUAAAUUAAAUCACUUAGAAAGAAAUGCGAGUACUACAACUAUUGAAAUCCGCAACUUAUUCAAACAAAGUAAUGAAAAUAAAGAAGCGCUGACUCAUAUAAUCCAGAAACUUGGCUCGACAUUGGGCCUGGAAACCUCAAUUCAGGAAUCGGAAAUCAGAAACAUUUAUCGCUUCAGAUCUGAGACACUGGUGGUAGACUUCACCACGUCCCUUCGGGAAGAAUCCAUUAUAUCAAAAUACAAAAUAUAUAAUAAAGCAAAACGCGAAGGUAGGGAGCCGCAAUUAAAUUCGAAUCACAUUAAUCUACCAGGUCCAUCACGCCCCAUAUAUAUAUCUGAGUAUUUAACAAGUAAAGUAAGAAGAUUAUUCUACCUCGCACGCGAAAAUGUCAAAAACAGAAAGCUGGUUGCAGCCUGGACAACGCAUGGGAAGGUCUACGUGAAAAAGGAGGAGGGAGCAGCGCCAAUUCGUAUUGAAGAAGAAAACGAUUUACAAAAAUUUAAGCCACGCUAG